AUGGAGCAGUACGAGUCCAUGGUAGAAUGCACAGAGUUUGUGCGAUCGAAUGUGCUGCUGCAAGGUAGUGGCUCCUCACCCUCAGCAAGUGCUUGCUACGAGAAUGCCAUGAAUUACUUUCAACAUGCUCGCGGCUCACACUACGUUGCUGCUUCACACUUGGUCGAGGUGGGGCUCUGGGAUGCUCUUCGCCGAGCUGAAGGCUCGGUUCUCCGAUUAGCUCAACUGAGUGAGGUCCGGCAGAGUAUGAAAGCAUACAACACUUGCACGACUUCCAACAGCUCUGGAGAUUUGUCAUCUCAACUUGCAUCUUUGGAGAAGUCGAUCGACAAGCUGCUCUCCGAGUUCCCUCAAAGUGUGGAUGAGUUGGUAGCCCCGACUCACAAUGAAUCUCUCUGCUCAGCAGCCGCAAGAUCGGCCUUGGCGGUGGUGCCGAGCUUUGUUUCGCUAAAUGCUUCGCUUCGCGUCAUCAACGAUAAGUUCUUCUCUCUCGAUAGCUUUUCGCGCGAUAUGCUCCCUUUGAUGCGCCAUGACGUUGAUGCUUCGCUUCAAUGCCUUCUUGUUGCGAGCCGCCUGGACACGCUUGAGCAAAAGCUGAGUACUAUUGAGGAGCUGGUUGCCGCGUUUGGUCGCUCUUCCGCGGCCAGCAAGGCAACCUUUGAGUGCAUCAGCAUCAAGCAUGGAGACACUAACCUCGCAACAGCCAUGUAA